CCAAAACUGAAUUCAAGUGACAAUAAGCCUUUUCAUUAUCAAUCAGUUUGUUAUGGCCAGCGUAACUGAAUGUAAACGGAUGUGUUUGCAAUCUUUGUAAGAAAAAGUAAGUUUUGUACAAUAAAAAAAUAAGUGUUUAAAGUUUUCAUAUAAUGACUGAGUAUUAUAUAGGAACCGCCGAAACAAAUGAGGAUAGUUUUGAGUCCAGUGUUUAUUCAAGCGAAUCGAAUAUAAACCAGGAUUCUGAAAGUUUAUACUUGAUCUUAAAAGACCAAAAUAUAUUGGAAAACUAUUUAAAUUGCACUGAAGGUCGCGUAAUAACCAAUUUUUUUAACAAAUAUAACAACCUAAGAGGACUUCAAUCAUCAUUGGCAAACCUUAUAAUAGAGAAGGAAUUAGAUCAGGAAAAAAUCUCUGAUUUAAAAAUAACAAGCGAUCGGUUGCUUUAUUUAGCAAAAAGUAUUGAGGAAUAUUUCUCAAGUGAAAAAAGUGAUGAUUAUUAUGUACCUUAUAAUAAUGAAAGGAAAUCUUUGGCAACUGGAAAACUUUGGACAGCAUAUAACAAAUUCAAACUAAAAGUUCGUAAAUCUGUCACAAUUUCAUCUAGAAACGCAACUUCAGUUAUAACUUCUAAAACAGAUGCCGAAAAAAUUAAUUUUUUGAAGUGUAAUUUAUCCCCUUGGGAGACCGUUGUUAGCUUCUGGAUAGAUACUGCUAAAGAGAGAAUACAGACAUUGAAUUCAUCGACAAAUAAUAACGUUCUAAAAUAUUUUGAAGAAUACCCCCCUUUAAAGUCACCAAAAGGGAUCUUACUUUUAGAAAAAGAUUUUGAACAUUUAUAUAAGGAUAAUUAUGAGAAUUUUUUUUCUGCUUGGAAUAAUAUAAACGAAAAGUUAAUAAAAAUAAGUGAAAACAAAGUAGAAAAAAACCCGGAAUAUAAAGUAAUUUUGAACCAAGGUAAAGGAGAAUUAACAGGACUUUUUUUGUUACCAUAUUUACUGCAUAACAAUUUUGGAAAAAAAAGAAAUGCAGCGGGUGAAACUUUAAGAUUAUCAAAAACUGAAAAAGCUGAAUCAUUUAUUUUACAAGUUUUUGAUGCUAUAAAUUUGAAUGUAGAAAGAGAGCAGAUAAGAAAUCGUUUGAGACAUAAAGAUAGUCUUCAACCAUACGUUAUUUUCGUUGGUAAAAAUAAUACCCAAGCAUAUGUAGACAUUGAUGGAAAUUUAUAUAACGUUGAUAGUCCUUUAAAAGCGAUUGAUUUGUGCUUCAAAGUAUUUCACGCAACCAACAUAGCUUACCCAGCCGACGCUGAAGUUAUUUGGACUUUUAUUCAAAAAGCGAUAUAUAAAAUUAAUACGAAAUCCGAUAAGUUCUUCAUUUCAGUGAAUAAAUUAAUGAUGGUUCUUUGGAUAGCAAUAAUAUUGAGAAUAAAAGAUUUAAAAUUUUGAAUGAACAUAGUCUUC